AUGGCUUCCGUUACUUCCGUUGUUAAGGCCUCUGAGUAUAUUCUCAAAUCUCCCUUUUUGAGCUCGAUUUUUGUUCCUCUUUCUAAGACUUUUGUCAAUCUUUCUGGUUAUCGCCAGAUGGGUCUUAGAUUUGAUGACCUAAUUGCCGAGGAGUCUCCUAUUGUUCAGACUGCUCUUAAGAGACUUGAUGAAAAGGAAUCUUAUGAUAGAAUUUACAGAAUCCUUACUGCUUCUCAACUUUCUCUUACCGCCCAGAUUCUUCCUAAGAACGAGGCUGUUAAGGCUGAAGAUGACAAAUCUUAUCUCAUUCCAUACAUUCUUGAAGCGGAGGCUGCUGCUUUUGAGAGAUCUGCUUUGGAUAACAUUACCGUUGUCAAGAAAUAA